AUGUUAAGACUUGAGAAAUCAGAAAAUGCUCACGAGAAAGUGAGGAUUUAUGCAGACCAUAUAAAAGUAUUAACAAACUUUUUUGAAGACUUUGAAUCUUGUGUAGCUCAUAAAGAAUAUGGAUUAAUUGAUUCUUCAUGUAAUAUGUGGGGAAAUAAAAAGUAUAAAAGACAACUACAGAUGAUAUCAAAUAAAUGUAGUAAAGUAUUAAGUUUGGAAAUUGAUGAUUUAUUAAGUUAUAGUCCAUUUCAAGAAAAGGGGGAAUAUUCUGAUAUAAUUCCUUCUAUAUUGACAAAUACAAGGAGGUAUAUACAAUUAAUAUAUAUAGCAGCGGAUAAAUGUAUGCCACCACCAUCUGAUAUAUCAUUAUCUACUUUAAAGAUUGAAGAUUUAAGCGAAGAUAAGAGAUCAGAAUCUAUGCAAGCAUGCAAUGUCCCUCCUUAUUUAAGAUGCUCCUAUGAAAUUUACAUAAUACCAAAUCUUAAAAUGCCGAUAACACCACUACGUCAGGUUAGAGCAGAUUUUGUUGGUGGUUAUGUUAGGAUGGAAUGUAUUGUAAUCAGAGUAGCUAAUGUAAAACCAAGGAUACAAGUUGUAAGUUAUACUUGUGAAAUAUGUGGAGCAAAUAUCUGGCAGGCAGUAGAAGGUCCAAGUUAUAUGCCACUUUUUGACUGUCAAUCAACUACUUGUAAAAAUAAUAAGAGAACGGGUAAUUUAAGGUGUAAUAUAAAAGAAUGUAAAUUUAUUAAAUAUCAAGAAGUCCGAGUUCAAGAACCUGCAGAUCAAGUACCAACUGGUAAUGUACCGAGAACUAUUAAAGUUGUUGUAUUAGGUGAAAAUACAAGGCGUUUAUUACCUGGUAUGUAUGUAACAUUAUCUGGAAUAUUUCUUCCUGUAGUGAAAGAAGGUUUCCAAGCUUUGAAAUCUGGUCUAACUGCUGAUACAUAUUUAGAAGCUCACCAUAUAUAUCAAUCUAUAAGUAGUAAAUGUAUAAAUCUUACUGAAGAUGAAGAAAAAUUCCUUGGAUUACUAGAAGAAAGUAGUAAGAAGUCAAAUGAUGGAUUAAAUAUUCCUGAAAUAGAUAAAAUUAGUAAUACAGCUACAAAUUCUGGUAUAUCAUUAAGAAUAUCUAGAUUAUACUCAGAUUUAUAUACUAGAUUAGCUAAUAGUAUUGCUCCUGAAAUAUUUGGUAUGUUAGAUGUUAAGAAAGGAUUACUAUUACAACUUGUUGGAGGUGUUACCAAUCUUGUAAAGGAUGGAAUGAAAAUUAGAGGGAAUAUUCAUAUAUUACUGAUGGGAGAUCCGGGAGUAGCUAAAAGCCAACUUUUAACUCAAAUUACUAAGAUUGCACCUAGAGCUAUUUAUGCUACUGGUAAAGGUAGUAGUGGUGUUGGAUUAACUGCUUCUGUUAUUAGAGAUCAGGUGACAUCAGAAAUUACUUUGGAGGGUGGUGCUUUAGUUCUAGCAGACAAUGGCUUGUGUUGUAUAGAUGAAUUUGAUAAAAUGGAUGAGUCAGAUAGAACUGCUAUUCAUGAAGUAAUGGAACAGCAAACUGUUUCAAUUGCUAAAGCUGGUAUAACUACAACUUUAAAUGCUCGUUCAUCUGUAUUAGCAGCUGCAAAUCCAGUUUCUGGUCGUUAUGAUCCAAAAAAAUCUCCAGUGGCAAAUAUGAACUUACCAGAUUCAUUAUUAUCACGUUUUGAUCUUCAAUUUUUACUUCUUGAUAUUCCCGAUAAAGAUAAAGAUUUAAUGUUAGCUUAUCAUGUUUUACAUGUUCAUCAGUAUGAUAAAGCUCCAGGUAAAAAAGUAUUUAAUAAAUCUCUUACUCCUAAUCAGGAUGGGAUUAGAAAAGGAAGGGCAAAAGUAAGAAGACGCUUAAAUGAUAAUGAAGAUAAUAAACAGGAUGAUGAUGAGCGACCAUUUUCAACAUCUUUUAUGCGUGCAUUUAUUGAAAAGGCUCGAAAAUAUGAGCCAUUGAUUCCAAGUGAAUUAGUACCAGAGAUAGUAGAACACUAUGUAGAAAUGAGAAAGCAGGAGAGUCUUGAACAAUCAAAAGAUGACUGGAGGAGAUCAUAUACUACACCAAGAGCAUUACUUGGAAUACUUCGUCUUUCACAAGCAUUAGCUCGUCUUAGAUUUAGUAAUAUUGUUGAGAGAUAUGACUUUGAGGAAGCUACAAGACUUAUGAUAGAAAGUAAAAGAAGUGUAACAAAACCAGGUGAUAAUAGCUCAAAUAAUAUAAAUAAAAAUAGGAAAAGUGAUUUUAGAGAUCAAAUAAUUGAAAUUAUUAGAGAUUUGCAUCAAAAACAAGCUAAUAAAAACCUAAAUCGUAAGGAUGAACUAAUACAAUUAAAUAUUUCUGAUAUUGAAAGUAAUGUUAUUCAUCGUGGAUUAUUAAAAAAACAGAUGGAACUUGUUAUUGAUGAAUAUAUUGAACUUGGAGUUUUAUAUAAAAGUCCUAAUGGACAAUAUAUUGCUUUUGUUACUGAUACCUCUUUAUAA